AUGCCGACUGUGAACGUCGUAUCGCCGGCUGGGAAGGUGGUAGGUUCGCUGGCAACACAAGCAGAGAUCUGCGGCCUCCGCCGAAGCAAUACCCGCCAAGCAAGUAAGGAGAGUUCAACGAUCGACAAGGACACCUCCAGGCGGGUUCUUUAUGAACGAUUAUUGAGCUUGUUGCUAGGGCUAUUUGAGAACGAGGAGGAGAGCCCGACGGAGCGCAAAGGAGAAAAAGUUAUGCUUCAGGGAGAAGGAGGCAACAUAAGCCACAGCUCGGACGCGGAAGAAAGAAUAGAUCUUGUUUGGGCGCGGGCCCUUUACCUUAAGGCCGCCGCCAGAUGCAACGAUUCCUUGCUCCUUCCGGAGCCCGACAACAACCAGCCCUGCCAAUGGAAACGAAUGCACGGGUUGCUGUUGGGGAUGCGCGCGGCCGUGGAAGGAGCUGCAGCUUCAACAGCGACAGCUUCGUUGGUGCUUCCAGCCGCAGGGGGAAUACCGGCAAUAGGAAUAACGUGCCGCACGACGAGCCUCUCCUCGGCUCCUGAACAAACUCCCCCCAUCGAACGCUCCCGAGAUGCAAGGGAGGAGCCGGUGGCACCAAGGUCGAGCAUGCAAAGAGACGCAGCGCUGGCCGAGUUUGUCGCCGAAGUGGUUGCAGCUGGUGCGGACCCCCCGUCUUUGCAACCAACACCGCCACCGCCCCUGGCCGCAGAGCUGUCGCUUGCGACUGCGCCAGCGCAAGCGUCAGCUCCAGCCACAGCAGGUACACCCCGGGGUAUUUCGACCACGGCUAGACAUUACCCACCACCGGUGGUGAAUGGCGUAGAGGUGGCGUUCGACUGCCUGUCCCACCGCCAGGCGGCCGUUCGCGAGGCCGCGGUCGGGCUGCUGCACGCGCAAGCGCUCACCCUCGGCCCUCGAGCAGCGCUAGCGCUGUAUCGAAGGACCGUCAAGAGCCUGGAACUAGAGCGGACACAGGAGACCUCCGAAGAGGAGGAGAAGGGCACGAACGGGCGGCCCGGUAGCUCAAGGACAACGUCGUCUUGUCCGCUCCCGGGGGCGAUUGAAUCCGGCGAAGCCGCGGCUGGUGCUGCGAAGACGAGCGCUGGCUGCGGCGUACGCGGGGCAGCGAGGAUUGGGGUGAGAAGGGAUGACGCGGGAGUGCCCUCUGAACCUUCUCCGGCAGGCACAAGGAGCAGGUCCUACAUGGGCCACCCGGGGACCGCACUGCGUCAAGCCGCUGGAGCCGUGUUGCUUCGAAUAGCCUCAACUACCGCACCAUCGCGAAACACGGCAGGGACAUCGCGACGGUGCCAAACUCGGCAGCAGUGGCAGCGGCGGCAGUACUGCUCCGUCGUGGAAGCUCGGUGA